GGAGCACCUGAAUGCAUCAGAGAAGACAAGCGACGCUCGCGCUGGAUGUUGGUAGUUGACGGAGUGUGACAAGUGACAGCUAACAUUUCAGCAUGGCAGAGGCAGAUGACCCCACAGCGCGGAUCUUCUCCCAGGUGGUGUUCACGGACACCCCUCAGACAUACCCGCCUUCGACCCCCGUCACCUGCAGCUACACCCUCAAUACUGCUUUCCAGCCAAACCCCAGGGACUGGGUGGGCAUCUUUAAGGUCGGGUGGAGCACAACAAAGGAUUAUCAUACCUUUGUGUGGGUGGAGCCGUGUCUGGAUGUGGUAGGGCAGGAGUCAGCGACGAGGCAAGCUGUUUUUAAGGAGUACUACCUGCCCAAGGAUGAGAUCGAGUUCUACCAGUUCUGCUAUGUUGACAGUACUGGUCAGGUGCGGGGAGCCAGCACUCCUUUCUGUUUCAAGAGCCCGGUGGAGCAAAGCAUCGAGAGCAGCCCGGAUGAUGAACUCCUCGUUAUUACAACACAGGAGCAGGUCGAACAGAGCGUACGUGAGAGAGCUGAGCUGCAGAAAGACCUGGAUCAGAUAAGAGAGGAAAAUGAAACCCUAAAAACCGAUCUACAGGAAAAACAGCAAGAGGCUGCAAGCUUGAAGGGGCAGAUUGAACAGAAGGAGAAAGAAAUGAGUCAGCUGUCCAAAGAAAUGGAUCAAAUCAAGGAACAAAAUGAAGACUUGAAAAGCACUUUACAGCAGCAGCAGAAAGAAUCUGACAACUUGAAGACGGAGAUGUUGAUCCAAAAGACAAAGCAGAUGGAUUUACAGCAACAUGAGCAGAAACAACGGAGUCAAAGCUUGAGUGUAGACGGAGAAUCAAAGCAAAAUGAAAAACAAGCUCAGGAGAAAUACGACCGAGCUGUGAUGAAGAUCAACCUGCUCAAAGAGGAGCGUGAGGAGCUGAAGGGGAGGGUUGACUCUCAGUGUGUGGAGAUCGUCACACUAAAUUCCAAACUCAGAGAAAAACAGAGAGAACUGCUCAACAUGAACGACAGCAUCCAGCUCCUUCAGGUGGACCUUCAGACAAGUGAGAAAGAGAAGGAGAGGCUCUCUGCAGAGCUGCAAAAGCUGCAAAGCCUCACACACAACAUGGAGGACAUGAAGAGAGAGAACCAGGAGUUAUGUAGGAGGCUGUCGCAGCAGGAGGCGGUGCAGAACUGUCCAGAUGAUGACCUGAGGGCGCGGUGUCAGACUCUCGUCAGCCAGCUACAGGACGCUCAGGCAAAGCUGGCGGCUGAGAGGGAGGAGACCAAAAACGCCAAGAGACAAGCUGAAUAUCUGGACAGAGACCUGCAGCAAGUCAGAGACCAGCUGGAGAGAGUGGUCUCAUCGUUGGAGCAGGCAGAACGAAGAAGUGGCAAACGAGAGGUAAACUCAAAGCUGCAGCUCAGAGAGGCACAUGAAGUCAUCGCAGAUAAAGACGGCCUCAUGGAGGAGAAGGAACACAUGAUGCUGCUGUUGACAAAGGAGAAAGACGAGCUCGCCAGAGAAAACCAGAAUCUCAUGAGUGAUAUCGAGGGGCUGCGCAGAAUUUGUGCCGAAUUGCAAGCAGCUCCCCCGGCCGACACACCACACAUGCAGCCUGAGACCACCUCACUAGCUACCACCACAUCAACCACCCAUGAGUGGCAGCAGCAGGAGACACCUGAGCAGUCUGGGGACCUGUAUGAGAACAUAGGGAGAGCUCCAGACCAAGAGGAAGAGGCUCUGGUGUGCCGUCACUGCCAGGAGAGCUUCCCCUGCAUAACCCGACACGAACUGGAGCAGCAUGAGCAGAGUCACCGAGUGUGUCCCUUCUGCACCAUGAUCUGCGACAACAUGGAGCAGUCUGUGUUUGAGGAUCACGUCUACGGGCACGAGCUGUGAGAACGGCACGCUUGAGUCAUACACCUGCAGAAACCAUGUCUUACAAUGUUGGGUGGUCGUGUAAAAGGACCAUGCCAAUAUUUUUGCACACCUUAAAGGCAAAUUACAUAGACUUUAUAUCAUUGUUGAUCGGUUUUCAAAGCAUACUCAAGUUUUUGGGCUUUUUUCCAAGUCGUUAGUGUCCAUCAUGCUGAAAGAAUCAGCUGGCAGAGACAUAGAAACUGCCUUAGUAAUAUAAUCCAUCUCAGAGAACAUCAUGUUCUAUUUUUUUAUGUCAAAUGUCAUCUAAUUUGCACAUUAAUGCACUUAGAAGUAAAUUACCGCACAACAUUUGGGCAUCAUUUGAAAUGUUUUGACACUUUUAGAGUUUCUGUAUCGAGACACAAAACCUGUGUUUUAAUUUGACAAAUGAAGCCAAAGUUCUAAAAUGUUGAAGUUGGCCGUUGAAUUCACAGAUCUGGCGUCCACAAUUUUUGUUUUACUAAUAAUAAAUAUCAUUGGCAACAGUCCACAACGCGCACAGAUGUUGCUGGUUGUGCUUCCCUCAGUGUCUGUGUGUAUCAGAGAUUUUAUUGACCUCAACUUCCUCCCUAAAUCACCACAACUCCUGCACAAAACAGUCUCCACCUGGAAGUCAAAAGUCUGUGCGUGUAGCAUAGCCAAUGAUUCAAUUAAAAGAUUAAAAUUUGUGAGCGCGCUAACGGACGUUUGCUGCUUGAUGGCAGCGACAUCAAAUCUGCCUGGGUUUCACUAUGUAAUCCACCACAGUGAACAUUGUGUCCUCAUUUAUUUUUGGUCAGAUUAUCAUCACACAGUGAUGCAUUUAAAAGUGGAGAGGGUUUUGAAGCUCUGCAGUGGACUGCCACACAAGUGAAGGGGGUAUCGUUUGAAAUAUUCUGAUACUUGUGCUGAUAUAAUAUCUCUAUUACGUCACCUUUAUUUUCAAAUGUUGAAUGUUGUCUAAACACAUAUUUUGCCUCGAUAAAAUAGUCUUAAACUGGCCAUUAAACUCACAAAUUGGGCAAGCGUGAGUGAUUUAAAGGACUUUUGCUCCUGAAUGGCCCAAGUCCAGACCUUUGAAUCUGCCCAGUCCACAGAAUUGACAGUGCACUGCUUAGCACAUAACGGUGAGGGCUGAAAGAGCUGUUUAAAUCGAGUGUAAUCUGUCAGCCAGCAGCAGCUACUAGCAAAUGUUAGCUGACAAACCAAACAACUUCGGCGGCAAAAGCCACGGUUAGAAAACAAGUGCCUUCAUGGACGGUAGUGUUCACAAUAUGACUUUAUGCAAGCCUGAGUGACAUCAUCAGCUCUCUGUCUUAUCAGUCUUCUUUGACUUGUUUGUAUUUGUAUGGGCCACGUGGUCGUGGUGACUUUAAAACACCGCUCUUGCUGCUGAAAUUUAGCGGCGAAAGUGGCAUUUCUGCCGCCUACCGUAACUGCCAAAUGAUGUGCAUACUUUCCCUGCUUGGCGCGCUGCAGGUGUACACCGGAGUGCAUAGGUGUGGACACAUUUGCCCAGCAUCGUGACACGAAACAGGCAGUUUCCACUUGAAAUAAAAAGCAACCAAUGAGUGCCAUAAGGGGACUAACAAUUAGCCAAUCUGUGCCAUGGGUGGGACUAAAUGCCAUAGUAAAGAUGUUGUCAAGUGUUGUGCCAUAGCCAGAAGAGUAAUUACAACAAUACCAAGUGCCAUAGAUAAAACAGACACUGCUAUCAAAGCUGUUGUAAAUCCAUCUUCUCAAUAUUGAGUCUGUAGCAAGUGCUUGGGGAAAAUCGAAUCCCCCUCCCCCACGGAAAUCUGUUAAUGUGGCCGAGUGUAACGAGUUGACAAUUGUGUCUGAUAUCAGGAAAUAUUCCUCCCUUUGUUUGGCAUAAAGAUGACAAAUUUCCAGUUUAAGUCAGGAACUAUUCGACCAAAGAAAACAUGAACAAGAUCAUGAAUUCGACCAGACAUUUGACAUCAGUUUUCAGUGUCAUCUCUGUGGUUUGUCAGUGUAAUGGACACAUUUCAGUUACUACUGUAGUUCAUUACUUUUAUAAGAUAACUUGUGAUGUUAGCUACAUUAAACGGGCCUCAAAUUUCUGACAGCUGACUUUCAUAUUGCACUAAAUUAAAAACCAUAUGGUAUGCUUUGGAACAUAAACAGCAGUGAGGAAUAUAUGACGUGUAGUAAAAAGGCUAAAACAUGCUCAAAGCAUUAAAUGCUUAUUUAAAUAGAUGAAGUUAGAAUUUAGAAUAAGUGGCAUGUCACAUUUAAAACGUAAUAUAUUAACCACAAUUCUGUAUUCUGCAAUUAUUGUGAUCUAAUAUAACCAGAUCAUCCUAUUUAAGUGCUUAUGUAACUGCUGAUUCCUGCUGCUUUAAAAUGUGUAUGAAGGAGUGAAGUGUUGAUAUGUGGAUGAGCAAGGUGAGAAGUGAAUCUAUGUACAUGAUGUAAUCAAAUGAUUAAAUGUAAGUGCAUUUAAAUGAUCCUGCUGAUAUAAUAAAAAUAAAUCCGAACGCA